AUGGUUUCGUCUCGGAGUAAAAGACUGGCUCGCUUUGGUGCCACCUACUCUUGCAGUAGGAGGAAAGAUAUCAACAAAGUUGUUGAUUUCAUUGAUAUUGAGGAUAUUACGGAGAAGGCUUCAUUAUGUAGAUGUUGGAGGAGCAAGAAUUGGCCAUAUUGUGAUGGUUCUCAUGGAGCUCAUAAUAAGGCAACCGGUGACAAUACAGGUCCAGUUGUUGUGAGGCACAAGGAAACUAAG